AUGAGCUUAAUUAGCUAAUAUAGAGAGAAAAAACACAAGCACAAUUAAAAUGAAAAAGAAAUCAAAUAAAAUGCCAGUAAAUAAAUUAAAAGAGUUAUGAUUCAUUUUUAAAUUUAAAAAUAUCAUAAUUAAAAACAAAAAAAUUUGUUUACCUAAGAUCAAGUGUCAAAUUUGAGAGAUUAUUGCAAUUUACUAAAGCAGAACUUAAGCCUGAUGCUCCUUCAUCACCAAUUAAACUACAACUUUUUAAAUAUUAAAGAAAAAAUAUUUAAGUAAUUAGCCAGUUAGAAAGAAAAAAUGAAGAAAAUGUAUGAAAAAAUAAAAAAUAAAUCAAUUAUUAAUAAAACAAAAGUUGAAUAUAAAAAAUGA